ACGCAGUCGCGGCUCGCGAAACGACGCGAACUGCCGUUAGGCAGACAUUUUAUUUAUAUUUACGACUAAAACUGUAAAAACUAACAAAUAAAAUAAAACUAAAAUUUAAACUAACAAUUAAAAAUCAUGAAUUAUUCGUGUUACAGUUAGGCAGUUUGUAAAAAGUCUGCAGUAAAAGUGCAAUAAAAAAGUAACAGUCAAUUUGCGCGGGAAAGUCGAGCUUUUGUGUAAAAUAUUAUUAUUUAUAUUAGAGUUUUUAUAAUAUUUGAAGGCACUAUAUAAUUAAUGUAAUUUAAUAAAAAAAAAUAUUAUAAGCAAAUUAAAUUAAGCACUAAAAAGUUUUAAAAAAAUGCGAGCCAGUUGUAUUUUUAGAUGACAUUUUUUUUAUAAAUAGGCAAAGGUUGAAAGCUGUACAGCCUAUUUUAUUAUGACUUUUUUUACCGGUAUUGUGUGAACUAUCGUGAUGAUUUGGAGGAGAGUGCUUUUGGUCGCAGCUUUUUCAUCGUUUGUUGAAGUCAAUAGUGAACAUCUGUUCCAAGAUGAUGAACACAAAACUCAGCUGCUCGAGCAUUUGUCUGAGACGGAAAAGGUGUUCCUACUGGGUGCUAAUCAUAACAAUGCAGAAUUCGAGAUAGCACACAUAAAACGAUCAAAACGUCGCAAAAGAUCUUUACUGCAUGACAAUGAAGACUUGGUACAUUUGAAAAAGCAUCUGAACAUCAAACUGAAUUCCAAAAACAGUUUUCUGGAUCCACAAUUUUUGUUACUCAAGAGAUGGUCCAACGGCACGGAAGUUGUGUUGGAUCAGCACAACGAUGAAGAAUUAGAUUUAUGUUAUUAUAGAAGUGAUCACGCUGCUUUGUAUGUAUGUGAUGAUGUGAGAGGCGUCGUCAAGUCAAACGAUAGUUACUAUUUCCUGCAUCCACUGCCGGAGAGAUUUCACAACGAACAUAUCAAACAACAUAUCAUAGUGAAAAAAUCUAUUUUUGACCUAAAUAAAGAUACACGUAAUAUAGAUGAUGAAAGUGUUUGUAUUGAGAAAAAUAAUCCUACGUUUUUCGAUAGUCCAGAAGAAGUCAAGACUUGGACGAAGCACAGAAGAAAACGGGAAAUAGUAGCAGACACAAGUGAAAAUAGCAUAGAUCAAUUUAAAUUAAAUUUAGCUCAUAGAAAUAAAACAAUACAGGACUUUGUGAAUAAGUUAGAUAUAGGAGAAAAUAGACAUAAAAGAGCUGUGCUACCGGCAAUUUUUGUUGAAACAGCGGUGUUUGUCGAUAGAGAUUUAUACAAACACAUGACAGUUAACUUCCCAAAAGACACAGAACGAGAGUUAGUGAGAUUUGUAUUAGCAAUGAUAAAUGCAGUGCAACUGCUCUACCAUGAUCCAAGUUUGGGGAGACCGGUGAAUUUUAUUUUAAAAAGGUUAGAAAUUCUCCACGAAGACCCAGUGAAUUUGAAGAGACCUCACGAUAUCGAUCGAUUUUUGAGCAACUUUUGUACGUGGCAACGUUUAGAGAAUCCACCAGGAGAUAAUGAUCCAUUGCACUGGGAUCAUGCGGUUAUAUUGACCGGAUUAGACUUGUAUGUCGUCAACAAAAAUGGCAAAGUAAGCAGUCAAGUUGUAGGAUUAGCUCCUGUAGCUGGGAUGUGCACUGUGACCAGCAGCUGCACUGUCAAUGAAGGAAGACAUUUUGAGAGCGUCUAUGUCGUUGCUCAUGAAAUUGGCCACAAUCUGGGCAUGCGACAUGACGGCCCGCUGGCAGACAACGGCUGCGACCCCACCGCCUACAUCAUGAGCCCCACCCUGGGCAGCGGGAAGAUCACGUGGUCGCAGUGCAGCAGGAAUUACUUGCAGAAGUUUCUUGACACAUCACAGUCUAGAUGUCUAUUGGAUCACGGUAAUUCAGCGGGGCAGUUAGAUCACAGCGCAGAAGGCAUUCUUCCUGGAGAAAGAUUUGAUGCUGACCAACAGUGUAUGCUCAAAUACGGUCGCGGCAGCAGACAUUCUGGCGCGCAGAAUUUGGAAGACAUCUGCAGAGAUUUACAUUGUCAAAGGGAAAGGUACACCUGGACAUCGCACCCUGCACUGGAAGGGACCAGAUGUGGUGAAGAUAUGUACUGCCGAGGCGGCGAGUGCGUGGAGCGCGGAGGCGCGCGCGUAGCAGGCACGGGCGGCCGCUGGGGCCGCUGGUCGCGCUGGUCGGAGUGCGCGUCUGCCUGUCUGAUCGACGACGAGCACGCGCCCGCCGCCGCCGGCCUGGCCAUGGCCAGCAGGAGAUGUACUAGAUCUAGGCACGAAAACGGUAAAAAUUACUGCCAAGGUCACGACAAGAAGUAUCAAUCGUGUCAUGUAACGUGUAAAAACGUACCGCGAAUGACGGUGAGAGAGUUCGCGGAUCAGAUAUGCGUGAGAGCUCGAGAUGUGGAUCCUGAUUUGAUUGGCACCGGCCUGCAGAGGAUGGAUGUGGAUGACGCGAGCAGCGCGUGCGCGGUGUGGUGCGACACGCGCGGCGGCGGGUACAAGUCGCGCGGCUGGACGCUGCCCGACGGCACGGCGUGCUCCACGCUGGCUCCCAAGUUCUGCAUCGCUGGUAUUUGUCGAAAAUUCACCUGCACUGCCAAUACAGACACGGAGUUUUCUCUCACGCCGGGGGAAUGUGAGUGGGAAGCUCUACAAGUGCAAACUGUCACACAGCACACUACCUCAACGAAAUCAUCCGGUACGUGGCGGCGAGCCGUGGGCGCGCAGUGGCGGCCCAGCAGCGGGUGCCAUUUCCGCUGCGUGCUGGGCGGCUCCGGCCUGCGCCUCGUCUCCUCCGCGUCCAGGAGGAGCAUCCAGCUGUGCCAGCCGGACUCUGAGCGGACGCAUUUGGGUUGCAGCCAACUAAUGUCUCCAUACCAGUACGCCACAAUGGUCUGUUCGAAGUACAAGGAGAGAGUCAGAAGACUGUCGGGAUUGGGCAUGCAGAUAUCACCGGCGUUAGAGGACCCGGACCGGCCGUGCCGCAUCGCGUGCCAGGACGAGCGCGUGGCGCACCGCUUCUACCUCGUCAACGGGCACGACGGCUGGUUCCCGCUCGGCACCGCGUGCGGCCGCGCCAACAACUCUUACUGCGUCAGCGGAAAGUGCUUGGAAUUCGGUCCUGACCAAACCCCAUUAUCAGAAAUGGUUUUCACGCUGCCUCUACUGAACCGCACUAGUGAAGACAUCCGGCGCUCCUCGCGCCACCGCCGCAGUCUGUACCGAGACAGGAUCACUGUGAAGGCGACGUUGGACAGACAACAUUUGGACGAAAUCAUUGCAAGACUCAAUUUCACAGGUAAAAACAACAAACACGUAACAUACUUCCAAGGUAUUCCUGAAAAUAUAGAAUUGGACUUCACAAACCCGAUCCACAUUUCACCAGAGGACACUAUAUUGAGGAAAGUACCAAGACCUACUUGGGAUUGAAUACCUAAACACUAAUUAAAACAGGAACUAUUUCAACAUUUUUGAAAAAGCCUAAAUGGCGGAAGCUUUAAAUUGGUACGAGAGUUCCAUAUGCAAUAUUGAGUUUUCCAAAAUAUAAAUGGUUUUGAGAAUGAAAUUAAUCUUUGAGAAAUUCAUAAAAGAGAAGUUAUUUACGGACUUAUUGGCCUACUGGUGUGUUACUAAGAAUGUGACUGUCUGCAUAAUUGUAUGGAGGAGUACAGAAAGCUCUAUCUAUUAUAAUAAUAGAUUAAAUAAAAGUAUAUUAAUGUUGCGUCGACGCCUAAAAUGUUAUGUACUUGAAGUGUGAAACAAAUAACGGUCAAAUUUCGACCAUACGCAGUCAACAAAUAAUACAAUGAACUAUUAUAGAACUGUAAUGGGGCUGUGUUUAUGAAUUUAACUAUUAACUGCCUCAUACAAAUGGUGCUUCGAAUGUUAAGGUUGUGUAUGUAAAUAUUUAGUGUAGGGUAUAGUCAAUUUUACGCUUUUUUUGACUGUACGGUUAUUGUGAUCGUUUUAGAAUAUUUAUUUUGUUAGGAUUAUUUUUAUUUUCCUUAAUUUUAUUAAUUAAAUGAAUUUUACCUAU